AUGGCAAUGGCGGCUUUCCUUCUCUUCCUCAUAAUUCUACUCUUCCCGCUGCAUUCCGCGGCUCAAUUCGACGGAACCAUACCCGCCGGAGCCUCUAUUACAGCCAACGGAACCUCAAAUCCAUGGCGAUCGCCCAACGGCGAUUUUGCCUUCGGCUUCCAGACACUUCCUGACAACGAGGAUCUCUUCGUCUUGUCCAUUUGGUUCGACAAGAUUCCCGAUAAGACCAUCGUCUGGUACGAGAAGGACAGCUUUCCGGUGCGCCAGGGCUCCACCGUACGCCUUGAUCCCAUCGCCGGAAUUUCUCUCCAGGACACUCAGGGCAGGACGCUCUACACCUCCGGCGACCUCCCCGGUCCAGUGGUCGACGGAGUCAUGAAUAAUACAGGCAAUUUCGUUCUCCGGGGAAACGAUUCGACCUUGUUGUGGGAGAGUUUCAAGAAUCCGACGGACACGAUGCUGCCAGGUCAGACAAUCGAAAUCGCGGGCCAACUGAUUUCGCGAUCGACGGCCGCCAAUUUCUCCGAGGGAACAUUCUACGGCAGGAUGACCGCCGACGGAAAUUUCUACCUGAGCACGAAGACCUUCCCUUCCAACACCGGAUUCGACGCCAAUUAUUUCAACACUCAGACUUCCGACAAUAACGACUCAAAUUCCGGCAUUCGUCUCGCCUUCAGCAACACAGCCGUGCUCUCCAUCGUGCGGCGCAACGGCCAGACGACUGAUCUGAAAUCCGAUUCCAAAAGCCCUCCGGCCAUAGCCAACAAUUAUUACCGAGCAACUCUCGAUUUCUAUGGCGUUUUCACACAGUACUAUCAUCCCCGGAACCUCACCGGCGGCAAUCCAGGAUGGACGAUUCAGUAUUCCUGGCCGGAUAACAUAUGCACGGCCCUCACCCGAAGCACCGGCACCGGCGCCGGAGCUUGCGGGUACAACAGCAUAUGCAGAGUCGAGAACAGCCGGCCGAACUGCCGCUGUCCGGCGCACUUCUCUUUGGCCGAUCCCAGCAACGUUUAUGGCGGUUGUACAGCAAAUUACGUGCAAACAUGUCCUCUCGACCACAUCGGCGAUGAAUAUCAGCUGUCGGAGGUUCUGGACGCCAAUUGGCCUGAGAACGAUUAUGCAAGAGAGAAUCUGAACACUGAGGAGGAGUGUCGCCGCCGCUGCCUGGACGAUUGCUUCUGCGGCGCCGCCGUUUUCUAG